CAAGCCGGCCCCAAGAGGCGGGUUCGAGGCUGGCUUGGGGUUGGAGCCGCUGGGCUUCUUUUUCUCUGUCUCUCGGAGGCGCAGCGCUGGGAUGGAGCCCGUGCGAGGAGCCAAAGCCCAGCAUCCCUAUUGAUGGACAACCUGGAGGGGCGUCCAGGUUCUUCUAAUGUUCCCGUUUGAGCAGAGAGUUCCUCCUCCCCCAGAAUGCCCCUUGCAACUGGCAUCACUGAGCGCAGCCCCGAAGAGGUCAUGGACUCUGUCCCGGAGGAGUUCCAGCAAGUCCUCUCCAUCGACCAGAUCCACGCCAUCCGUGCCACCAAUGACUAUGUGGAGAGACCGACCUGCUUCAAGCAAGCACCCUCCAGCCUUUCUUUAUCCCAACCACAGGCGACCCAUAAACAGGAGGUGACUCAGGAUCACCUGGUGACCUCCAUCCUCCAGGACCUUGGCCCUGGCCAGCCGCACCAGAUGCAGCCCCUGAGCCAUUCCAGCACCGCCAGCUCCAUCUCGCACAGCACCACGGCCUCAGAGCAGCGGCUGCUUGGGAGCAUCACGCCACCGCACUCCGGGCACCCGCUUAUCCGGACGCAGCCCCAGGCAGGCGACCUGAAGCCCGAGGAGCUGCUGAAGGGGACGUCCGGGAAACCCACUGCUUUCCACGCAGGCCACCUCUUCAUCUGCGAGGAGUGUGGGCACUGCAAGUGUGCCCACUGUGCGGCUGCCCGGAGCUUGCCCUCUUGCUGGAUUUGCAACCAGCGCUGCCUCUGCUCCCCAGAGAAUCUCAUAGACUAUGGCACGUGCCUCUGCUGCGUCAAGGGCAUCUUCUACCACUGUUCCUCGGACGACGAGGACACCUGUGCGGACGACCCGUGCUCCUGUGGUCCAGGAUCCUGCUGCGUCCGCUGGGCCGCCAUGACCUUCCUCUCUGUGCUCAUGCCCUGCCUAUGCUGCUACUUUCCCACCUUGGGGUGCCUCAAACUGUGCCAGCGGGGCUACGAUGCUGUGAAACGGCCGGGCUGCCGCUGCCGGAACCACACCAACACUGUGUGUCGGAAGAUUUCCUCCUCGAGUGGAGCCACUUUACCCAAGACUCUGGACAAACCAGUAUGACUUCCUCAGGAAUGGGGGGAGAUGAUAGUGGCUGUCCCUUGUCCUCUUCCUCUUCUUCCUCUUCUUCAUCAUCUUCACCAUGCUCUUCUUUCCACUCCCCCAGCCAAAAUCCGUCAACUGGGGAUGGAGCAAAGACGGCGUAUUGCCAAAACUGGCCGGACCCUGAAGUUCACUCGAAUUGUUGAUGCUUCUGCCAUGGUGAAAGAGACCACUCCAUUUCCAGGAUAGGUUCUCAAAGCUUUGCACAAUUUCAACAAUGGCUUAUGGAUGGGUGGAAAUGGGAAACGGGCACAUGUUACUGCAAGGGGGAAGGUGCAGUUUGCUAUGGGAUGGCUCAGGAUUCUGACCUCCAGAAUGCCUUAUUUGUCUGUGGUGGGUUCCAAAAAUAAGUAUUGCACUCAAGCACUAUAGUAGCUGAGAGAUCAGACCCUCGUGUAGCCCAGAGUUGAUGUGGUUGGAGAUCAGAUGAGCUUGGUUUAGGAAAGUAGACGAGAAGGUUGGCCUAGGAGUGGGAAACCCAGGUUAGAUUCCUUAUUCAUUUGGGAACAUUCACACAAUUUCUCAUUCAGCCUUGCCUACCUCAUAGGGCUGAGCGGACAGAAGUGAGCGGUAAUCAUAUCUACUCUGAGCUACCAUGCCUGCUUUGGAGAGAAGUCAGAAUCAGAGACAGCUCUAUUAUAUUAGAUGGAGGCAGUCAAUUGGCAAGCGUUGGUGUGGAGCAAUGUUGGCUUCUUCCUGGAUCCCUUGGUUGGUUUCUAUGGGCAGAGAGAGCUGAGAAUGCCACACAAACUGGUAUAGAAUACAGUGAUCCAUUACAUCAAAUGGGGAGAGGUGCCAUCUUGCUUCAGGCAGCAAACUAUGUCAGGAAGCCACAAGAAUCACUGUCUCUUAAAUUGAUGGGAUACCAAAUAGCACAGACAAGAUAUUAUUCUUUGUAGUGGAUUCCAUCAAAAGCUUAUUUUGAUGACUUAAUGGCAGAAGUUACUUCUUUUACUCAUGUGUCAUCACCCUGCCUUUGGUCUCAAGAAAGGACACCUCCCUGUUUUAGGCGUUCGUGAGGUCAGAGAUCACAAAGUUACUUUUUUAGAGUGACACUUCCAGAAUUCCUCAGGCUCACAUACCUAAUUGACAUAUUGGCUGAAGGCUUUUGGAAGUUUUAGUUUUUUAAAAAAGUAACUUUUAAAAGUUCUGCAGAGUUUUGAUACAGCAACAAAUAAACAGUGCCCAGGACAACUUUGAAAUUAGAAGUCAUGAUACUUCUUGUCUUUGUGGAAAAAUUGGGAGACAUGCUCAAAGGAAAGAUUCUUAGCACAAACUUUCCUGGGAAUGAAUAUUUGGCUUUCACUUAUACUAUAACUCUCAAUUUCAGGGUUCUGGGGUGAAGGAGAUGCGUUCUUUGCAAUGGGUUGUGUAUAUCUACUUUCAGUUUGCCCCUGCCUAAGUAAAGCACCUUGGACACAUUUGAUUAUGGACAGAGAUGUUCAUAUAGCUUUUCCUCUAAAUUUUGUAUUAGCACAUACUGGGAGAGAUGGAAAAGAUCCUUGUUUGAUGUCUUGUAGAUCAGCUGCCACUCAGUGUAGACAUUAUUAGACUUUUUAUCAUGUCAGAAGUGACUUGAGAACAUACUGCAAGUCGCUUCUGGCAUGAGUGAAUUGGCCGUCUACAGAGGACUGAUGGGGUUUGCAUAGAAAGAACCACAAGAAGCUGUGGUUGGGAAAGUAGGUGAAGGUGGUGAAGUGUCUGGGUAAGAUCCUUAUUCCUGUAGUGCCUGUUGACCAGGUUCAUUGGUUCUUGCCACAUUUUAUUUCGUGUCAGGAACGACUUGAGAAACUGCAAGUCGCUUCUGGUGUGACAGAAUUGACCGUCUGCAAGGACAUUGCACAAGGGACACCCGGAUGUUUUACCAUCCUGUGGGAGGCUUCUCUCAUGUCCCCGCAUGGCUGUUAGGAAUUGUGGGAGCGGAAGUCCAAAAUACCUGGAGGGCCGAAGUUUGCACAUGCCUAGUCUACACUGAGUGGCAGUUGAUCUCCAGGACAUCAAACAAGCUGACAAAUGGGAGCUCAUCCCGUUCCCCUGCCAGCACAAGGAUUUAACCCAUUGCCAACCAGAGCCUUGUCACAUGAAAUAAAGGCAUGAAAGUCCAAUGAAAACUACACAAAUUACCAUCCCAGGUUUUCAAACUUAACAGGCAAGAGGUCAUAAAACAGAUCUAGUAAAGGCGGAGAACACCUGAAAUGGUUGGACUGCAAUUCCCAUUACUUGUUGCUAUUGAUGGAAGCUGUAGUCCACUAAGAUCUGUGAGGCCACAGGUCGUUCACAGCUAGAAGAUUCAUUCCUACUGAACGUUGGAUUCCCUUUCAGAAAAGCAUUGCACUCUCAAAUCUCAAGUCUCCAUCACAUCGGCAGGGUUUCUGAGUGAUGUCCCCUGGUUUCUCUUGCUGUCCCUGCCUUUCUUCUGUUAUAUUCAGCUUGCCUCCAAAGAUCCCCAUCCCAUUUCCAUGUGGUUUUUGCUCCGAGCACAUUAGUUCUUCUUUGUAAAGGCUCUCGAAGGAGAAUGGAGAGCCCAGGUCAAAUGGGACAGAGCUUUCCUAGAUACAAGAGGUGUUCUGUACGGCGCAUCCGCUGCGAUUGCGUUCUCCCCCUCAUCUUAUAUAAGGCACAAUAUCUGCUCAUCAUAUACCUUCUUUGUUGUAUAUAUAUUUUUGUUCACCGCACUCUACCAUUUUAAGAAGAAGAAAAAACAUAUUUAUUUCAGAAAUUUAUUUGAGAAGGGUUUUUUUGAAAAAAGAAUGCAUCUGAAUCUAUUUAUUAUAACCUUAGUUGUGCAUCUGUUUCUUUCACCCAUCUUUCCUCUGACAAAUCUAAUAAAACUGUUACUGAACCACUGCUGAAAUGAAAGAAAUAAUUCUAUGGGUGGCGAAGUGAACCACCGUAAAGCAACUAUUCAAUAAAAUAUAUAUAUAUAUGUAUACAUUUUGAA